AUGCGCAUUAAUCACAUCUAUCUAACUGGUAUUGGACUUACAAGUCUUGGAUGUUAUUUGAUCACACGUUCCGAUAUACAACAAAUUGUUCGAUUAUUAAAUAUUACAACAAUUCCCAUAUCACCAAUUGAAGUUGCGGCACUAUUAAUCAUACUCGUUGGAAUAAUUAUCUUUCUCAUUGGCUUAUUUGGAUGCUGUGGUGCAUUUAGAGAAAGUCGAGUAUGUCUAGCAUUUUAUAUUAUUUCCGUAAUAUUAGUUUUCAUUGUUCAAAUAACUGUAUUUAUAAUUAUGGCCAUGUUCUAUAAUGAAUUGGAAUAUGGUAUACGAAGUCGAUUAAAAUCAAACAUGAAAAAUUAUAAUUAUGUCACAUCAAGUCCAUAUGAAUAUGCAAUUGAUUCAAUACAAAAACAGCAUAAAUGUUGCGGUAUCGAUUCGGCAUAUGAUUAUGGAGAAUUGCGUUUGCCUUCUUCGUGUUGUUCCGUGUCUGCAUCAUCAUCCCAGUGUACAAUUAAUGAUAUCAAUACUUAUGGCAUAUCUGGAUGUUACAAAGCAAUUGUUAAUUCUGUUACUUUAUGGACAAAAAUCAUUAUUGGUAUUACUUUUGGACUUUGCAUAUUAGCUCUGUUUGGUAUUCUAUUUGCCGUUUGUCUAUUUCGGAAUGUUUAUGAUGGCUAUAUAAAAGCACCAUAUCCUGUUUGA